AUGACUAAGAAAACAAUAGCCGCCAGGAUGCAGCAAUUAUUCAGAACCCUAACAUCGUCGUCACUUCACACGCCGCCUCUGCCCUUUCUUCCUUUCGAUCUCAUUACAGAUAUCCUCUGUAGACUCCCUGUGAAAUUCCUCAUACAAUUCCAGUGUGUUUGCAAGUCAUGGAAUUCUCUUAUAUCUGAUCCCAAAUUUGCUGAGAAACACUGCCGCCUCUCAACUACACGCCUUGUCCACACCUUAACCUUUUCCAAUCUCCCAUACAAACACAUUCUCAAGUCUUACCCACUACAUUCCGUUUUCAUCGACCUGACUACUAACCAGACCGCACACCCCAUCACACAGCUCGAAACUCCUUCCAAAUAUUAUUUUUACUUUGUUGGUUCGUGCAAUGGCAUCCUCUGUCUACUUGCUUGUGAUUAUGCAGGCUUCGUUUCCAUUCGAUUGUGGAACCCUUCCAUUAGAAAAUUCAAGGAAUUGCCCUAUCUUCAAAAGCAGGAAGGUGUGAUGUAUGGCUUUGGCUAUGACGCAGUUACUAAUAAUUACAAGGUGGUGGUUGUUUUACGUGCAUGCUAUAGUAGUGGUAAUUCUUUUGAAGUGAAUGUUUAUACUUUGAGUACUGAUUCUUGGAAAAGCCUCCAAAUUUAUAUAAUGCCUUCUUUUAAGUUUCAAGGUAAAAUGUGUUUAUGUUUGAUACAUUGA